AUGGUUUACGCACAACAGGAUAGUGAUAACAAUUCAAAUAGAGAAAGAAAUAAGCUUUCCGAAGCAAUUUCGAUUUCAUUAGGCCUCCAAGAGCAACAAGGUAAUGAUAACGACAAAUACAAUAAUGAUAAUAGUAACAUUCAUGGAACCUUAAAUAAUAGUAGACAGAGAAGAAAGCCAUCGAUAUCUUUAGAUCCAACACUAUCACGUAAUAUUGGUGCUAGAUCUUUUAACUGUGGUGCGUUUCUAUCCAGAUCUAUUGAUAAUAAUCUUCCGACUACUGAUAUGUUCAAUUCUAGUACGUUUAGAAGUAGCAAUAGUAACAACUAUUUCACUCAUGGACUCAAUUCAAAUAAUGAUCAUUUGCCUGUAAUUAAUCCUUUUCCUAAAUCGUCAAUCCAUGGCUCAGAUAAUUUACACAAGAGAACUGCUGAAAUUUCUAAUGAAUUUAAUAAUUCCCCAACUGACACUGAAGAUGACAAUGCCAAUACCGAAACCCCUAAUAUACCAAGCACUGCUCAAAGUUCUAAUAAUUUAAAUGACAGUAAUGAUUUCAUGAUAGAAUUAGAUGGAAAUAAUAAUACUAAUAAUAGUAAUAAUAUUGUUUCAUCAGAGUUACCCCCAACCGCCACAUCGAUGUUUAAUAAUACAAACUCAACUGCAACUUCUGUUCAAUCCUUAAAAAUUGGUAAUAAUGAAAUAUUAAAGACUAUUAGUGGCGAUAAUGGGGGUAUCGUAAAUCGUUUACCUAUUCAAGAACUUGAUGAAGAUAUCAUUGAUAAUGAUGAAUAUUCUAGAUUAUUACCCACUCCAUCUCCUUCCAUUUAUGAUGAUGAAAACGCUUUAUUUUUCUCUUCUUCAAAUAAUUAUGAUUCCACUGACUUGGAAAAUAAUAAUUAUAUAAGUAGUUCAAUCCCAACUACAACUGAUGUAACUCAAUCUACUUCACUUUCUUUCAAGGAUAUGCUAACAAAGCAUUCUUUACAAAUUUUACAUGACAUUCCAGCAUGUAUUUUAGGUUUACUAUUGAACAUUUUAGAUGCUCUAUCAUAUGGUAUGAUUUUAUUCCCAAUCACUGAUUCAGUAUUUGGUCACCUAGGUCCAACUGGUUUAUCGAUGUUUUAUAUAUCAACUAUUAUUUCACAAUUGGUUUAUUCAGGUGGGUUUUCUGCCUUUCCAUCUGGGCUAGGUGGUGAAAUGAUUGAAAUUGUUCCAUUUUUUCAUACAAUGGCUUUAACAGUGAAGAAUUCAAUUCCUAGCAAAGACCAAAAUGAAAUUAUUACCACCACUAUCUUUUGUUACGUUAUAAGUUGUAUAUUUACCGGUAUUGUAUUCUUCUGUCUAGGUAAAUUUAAGUUAGGUAAACUUGUAGGCUUCUUCCCAAGACAUAUCCUAAUUGGUUGUAUUGGUGGUGUAGGCUACUUCCUUAUAGUUACGGGUAUAGAAGUGACUACAAGAGUAAAGAAAUUGGAAUAUUCAUUAGAAUUUUUAUUAUCAGUAAUUACAAAUAUGAGUACAUUAUUCAAAUUAGUUUUACCGAUUUCAUUAAGUGUUUUAUUAAACAUCUUACAGAAGAUAUACUCUCAUUCACUUUUAUUACCAUCUUUUUAUAUUAUUACUUUCAUUGCCUUCCAUUUCAUUGUUGCGUUAGUUCCAAAUUUAUCAUUAGACUCUUUAAGAGCAACUGGAUGGAUUUUCCCAGUUGCAGAAUCAAGUGAUACGUGGUAUUCACAUUACAAAUAUUUCAAUUUUUUCAAUUGUCAUUGGGAUUUAGUUUUCAAACAAAUACCCACUAUGUUUGCAUUAACAUUUUUUGGUAUUUUACACGUUCCAAUCAAUGUCCCAGCCUUAGCCAUGUCAGUACAAAUGGAUAAAUAUGAUGUCGAUAAAGAAUUAAUAGCUCAUGGCUAUUCUAAUUUGAUUAGUGGCUUAUUCGGUUCAGUUCAGAAUUAUUUGGUUUAUACCAAUAGUGUACUGUUUAUUCGUGCUGGUGGAAACACUGCCUCUGCAGGUUUAGUGCUUGCAGGCUUUACUGCAAUUAUUUUAUUUAUUGGUCCUGUCAUUAUUUCAUUUAUUCCGGUUUGUAUUGUUGGCUCAUUAAUUUUCUUACUAGGCUGGGAAUUAAUUGUUGAAGCCUUAUUAGACACAUGGGGAAAAGUGACAAAAUUCGAAUAUAUUACGAUAAUGAUCAUUGUUUUUACAAUGGGUAUAUAUGAUUUUGUUUUGGGUAUUCUCGUAGGUAUCCUAAUCGCAUGUUUUUCAUUUUUGGUUGACAGUACAAAAUUACAAACAGUUAAUGGUGAAUUUAAUGGUACUGUCGCUAAAAGUACAGUUUAUCGUGAUUAUGUUCAAUCUCAAUUCUUAAGUGGAAUUGCUGAGCAAAUUUAUGUUUUAAAACUACAAAAUGUUUUAUUUUUUGGUACGAUUAUUUCUAUUGAAGAAAAAAUUGACAUGCUAUUAGAAAUUAGUGAUAAUGAUUCAAGUAAAAGAAGAAUUAAAUACUUAAUUUUAGAUUUAAAGAAUGUUAACUCAGAUAAUAUUGAUUAUUCUGCUGCUGAAGGGUUUAAUAGAAUCAAAAGGUUUACUCAAUCUAAAAGAAUUCAAUUGAUUAUAUCUUCUAUUAAAGAUACUGAUAAAAUUUAUAAAAUGUUUAAUAAUGUCAAUUUAUUGGAGAAUGUCGAGUUAUUUUCAGAUUUGAAUGGUGCAUUAGAAUGGUGUGAGAAUGAAUUCUUGUAUCAAUAUAGACAAGUGAAAAAUAAAGCUAGAGCUAGAGCAAAACGUAAGGCAACAUCUAGAGAUGUAGUAAGAACUGGAUAUUUAUCGACUUCAGUAUCAAAUACAUUGAAUGACAGAAAAUCAUCUGGAAAUUUACCAAUUAAUACUCCUCGUAACCAUCAAAUGGUAUCUGUUGCUAAGAAUAUCUUUCAAAAUAUUGAACAGCCGGUUAGAAGCUUUAGUACUAAUCUGAAUAAAAGCAUUCCUGUUUUGGAACUCUUAGUGUUUGCUCUUAAACAAUAUAGAUCUGAUAUUUUUUCAGAUGAUAACAAAGUGCGUGAUAAAGAAGUAGAGUUCUGGUCUCAGCUUUGCCCAUAUUUUACUAAACAGCCAUUAGCCAAUAAAACAUCUCUUCUUCAUAAUAACAACGUUUUCUUUAUCGUGGAAUCUGGUGUUUUAAAAAUGGAAUUUAAUCUACCUCAAGGAUCUGUUUAUGAAACUAUGUCGAAUAGAACAUGUUAUGGUAGAAUCUUGGGCAAGGGUUAUUUAAAGAAAAGUACAAGUCCUUUAAACAUUAAAGCUGAAACCGAUUGCAUAAUUUGGUUGAUUAAUAGUGAAGGCUUAGAUAAAAUGAAGGCCGAAAACUUAGAGUUGUACACUGAAUUAACCCUGCUAGUUAUGUCAGUAAAAGAUGACAGAUUUAAUAACCUAUUAGGAUAUGCUCUAAUUAGUGCUUAG